AGAAGAAGAGACUGCCAUAGAUCGACGAAGUUUCUUAGUUCAGGACUUGUGACUUUGAGUGAAUUCUGUACUGAAAACUAAACACACGACCAAGAUGUCUGAAGUUGCCUCCAGAAUUUCGAAGCCGGUGUUGCGCGGUCUCCACAAUGCCACCAUCAAGCGCAACUUGAUCGUGUCCGGUGUCCUGUGCACCAUUGCCGUAGUGGCGAUGAAGGUGCUUCACAAUGACCCCAAAGUGCAGGACUACGCCGAGUUCUACAAGACCUACGACGCAAAUAAGGCAUUCCAGCGCAUGAAGGAUGCUGGACUGCUGCAGUCGGUCAAGGAUUAGGUAUUGCUCCUAGGCAAGCGCUAUUUAGUAACGGAACAAGGCAGAGAGAAAUGUAUGAUGAUCCAUAGAUUGUGGAGCGCUUAGUUGUGCAUCAUCAUUUUUGGGAAUCAUACGGUUAAAAUAAAUUCAGGUUUAACCUAAUGUCGAUAGCUUUGAACUUUUCUUGUUAUCUAGUCAGAGUGUAGGACACUGGAAGUUGCCUAAGCCAAUCUGCGUUUAUAUUGUAACCGUGAUAUUAAUAUCAAUUUCAAUCCAUUUUAAGGACAAGGAUUUAUUCAGCUCUUUUGACGCUCUAUAUAAAUUUGCGAUUCUUAAACUAUGUCCGUUUC